AUGCUCAGCGCAACUCCUUCCAAUAAUCAUUCCAUUUUUUCUUUUAGUCGUGAUGGAGAUUCAGGUCAAUUAAACGAUUCGACUGCCUCUUUCGAUUUCUUGCCCUCUGUCAGCUUCGACGAUUUACAGAGUAGCAUCGAAUCCGCUUCAACAGACUUCAAACUGACCCAAUUCCCGUCUCCCAACGGCGAAGGGGGCAUCCUCGACACGCACGGGGUAGAUAACGCCAGUAUGUCUUCUAGAUCUCAAGUAGCUCCGUCAUCGAAUGGUGCUGCCACUCGAACUGCUGUCCAAACCAACACUCGACCCGCUCGAUCAGGCUCGCUACUGCGUCGACCUAGCAAUUCCAACAGACCGCCUGCUAAUGCCUCCGGUGCUUCUGGUCCGACUGAUCAUAUCCACGGGCCGGGCGCUGCACGCUCUCGUCGACAAAAUCAAUACCCGCCUGUCUCCAAUACUGUCGUGCCAAAACCUCCUCGAAAGUCGAUCGGCCCAGGAAUUGUUGGCGAUGGGGACUAUGGAACCCGACCUCCCCAGAAGCGACGCCCCAGUCUCUUUUCUGAAGGGACCCCUACGGGCUCGACGAGAGCUUCUAUGGACGCCAAUCCACCGUGGCUCGAUAAUACAAGAAAUUUUCCCAACUCAAGGGCUGCGAAAUCCAAAUCAGUACAACCGCCACCACGACCAAAUCAAACCAACCUUGGUCUUGGUAACACUCUCACCCCAGAGCAGAACCGACACUCUACCCUGGCUCCGCGAUCCCCUCGGGUCGGAGGCCGAUUGAGCACGCCGUCCUCUGCCAACAAGAGAGUUUCGAUGAUGCCUGGCGCCCACCAUUCAUCACAUGCGACUGGCCUCGGCGCAAGGACAAUUAGUCCCACUGAUACAAGGAGGAUGAAGCGACUCUCAACAAUGCCGCAGUCGUUGAGUCUAGGCCAGGUUUCCGCCCCUCCGCCUCCACCACCAGUGUCGAUGAACAAUCAGCCUGAGAGGGCUGAAUCGAAAUCGCCUUCCAUGAUUCCAAGACGAACUUCUGGUACCCCAUCAUCCUCGAGAACUACGCCAGACCUCCACCGUAAAUCCUUCAACUCAAAUCUAUCAGUUAACUCGGGCUUCAGCCUGAACUCGGCCAGAACAUCAACUGGAUCGCUACACCGUAUAUCUGGUUCUUCAUCAACGUCACGCUUGCCUGCACCAAAACAUACCACAGUCCACAAUCCUAUUCCGACUGACGAUGACGAAUAUGUUCCGCCUGUCCCUGCUAUACCGAAAGCCUACGAGUCGCCGAAAGAUUCGCCCGCAGACACUUAUUUUAUGGAGAAGAAAAAGACUGCGCUUAGUAACAUGGAUGUCAUGGGCAUGAACUCAAACUCUACUGGAGUCAUUUCUAUGCCUGUCUUUCCUGAGCCCACAAAGCUUCAGAGAAAGCACAGCGCGCGAAAGAGCUAUGUACCGAGUGUGGCAGCUGAGCCUGAUAGCAAGGCCACUCCUCCAAAUAAGCGACAUCUGCAGCCUCUUAGACUGCCACCAAUCAACCUGGGACCUUUGAGCACCCCAACUGCUAACAAGAUUGCAGCGUUGCAGGACCACAGCAGUGUAGAUAGGCACGUAACUCCACCACCAGCCCGGCAAUUGCCAAAGACACCCACAACCCCUAUGACAGCUUCCAAAAGCUCCUUCUUUGCCAAAAGUCGCCAUGGCGAUACUCCUGAGCUUCCCUCUCUUAGGAGCAGCAGUUCAGUUCAUCACACACAUCUCACGCCUACACCCCCUGAUGCUAGUUCGACUGAAUCGUCGUUGGCUUUCAAGGAACUUGAUCACAAGCAAAGCAUUUCUCCUUUCUUGUCAUCCUCGUUACCCAAGGGGGGCGCAGAUCUUGGUUUCUUAAAGAGGUCUAAGACGGGAGCCGACUUCAUGACUUUGGAUGAAAACAUGUUCCAAGAUCAAAUCCAUCAGAAGCCUACGGGUCCUCGUGCGCUUAAGGAGGCCGAACCAACUCCCAAAUCUCCUCAACCGGAACCUUCGCUAGAUGAGCCACAAACACCCUCCUCCAUGAGCUCCAUUCGACGAAAACUCAGUCUUUCUUGGAAGCGCGGGAACUCCAAGAGCAACAUUACCGCCCCUACAGAUGUGGUUGAGAAAUCCAAUGCGAAGCAGCCAGAGGAACCUAUGCCUCCUCCCAGGAUCCCUAUCUCCUCUACUUUAAAUAACCUGUCAACUCUCAAGCAAGCCAGCCCUUCCCCAACCGUGAAGCAACCUCCUGGAGGGUAUCUUGAGUCGCGGAGGCGAAAGAGCUCUGGUGGAAGCCUCAAUGGCUUCAUGUCCCACGACAAGACAAAAAGCGAAUCUUGGACUGUGAAGAAAACAGUGCCGGACCCUUCAACAAUGCCCGUUGGUCGAAAUACCUCAGUCAUGCAGAAAAUCCUUCGCCCUAGGAAUUCUUCUGGCAUGUCGAAAGGCCCUGACUCAUACUCUGCAGACCUCGACAAGGACGAUAUGGCAGCAGAAGAAGAGAUGGCUAAGUUGGGUUCCAGGCGCAAAGAGACGGAUGUUGCUGCUAGAACCCUUGACGCACUCAGAAAGCGAGCCACCCCCAAAGAGCGAGUUGGCGCCCACGAAGCGAUUCGUAUUGCCAUGCUCAAUAUUUAUGAGAGGGGCGAAAUUGUGGACUAUACCGAUGUGUACUUUUGCGGGACACAGAACGCCCACAAGGUUGUGGGUGAUCUCCAGUCUGACGCACCAAACUUUGGAUAUGAUGACGAGCGUGGCGAUUAUACCAUUGUCCCUGGAGACCACCUUGCAUAUCGUUAUGAGAUCAUUGAUGUUCUAGGAAAGGGAAGCUUUGGGCAAGUUGUUCGGUGCAUUGAUCACAAGACUGGCGGUCUGGUGGCCAUCAAGAUCAUAAGGAACAAGAAAAGAUUUCAUCAACAGGCUCUUGUGGAGGUCAACAUUCUGCAAAAGCUUCGUGAAUGGGAUCCGAAGAAUAGACACAGCAUGGUCAACUUUACACAAAGUUUCUAUUUCCGUGGUCAUCUCUGCAUCUCUACAGAAUUACUUGACAUGAAUCUCUACGAGCUCAUCAAAGCCCACGCUUUCAGAGGAUUCUCUAUCAAGAUCAUUCGGCGCUUCACCAAGCAGAUUCUCAGCUCACUCAAUCUGCUAAAGCAGCACAAAGUCAUUCAUUGUGAUCUCAAACCCGAAAAUAUUCUCUUGCGACAUCCCCUUCAUGCGGAAAUCAAGGUCAUUGACUUUGGCUCCAGCUGUUUUGAAAAUGAGAAGGUAUAUACUUAUAUUCAGUCUCGUUUCUACCGAUCACCAGAGGUUAUCCUUGGCAUGACCUAUGGUAUGCCGAUUGACAUGUGGAGCGUUGGCUGUAUCCUGGCAGAACUAUAUACUGGAGUCCCUAUUUUCCCUGGAGAAAACGAACAAGAGCAACUUGCUUGUAUCAUGGAGGUCUUUGGGCCUCCUGAAAAGCACUUGAUCGAGAAGAGCACUCGAAAGAAACUUUUCUUCGACUCAAUGGGCAAACCCCGUCUUACGGUAUCGUCCAAAGGUCGCAGACGUCGCCCUUCUUCCAAAACUCUAGGCCAGGUGCUCAAAUGCGACGACGAGGUCUUCAUAGACUUUCUGCAUAGGUGCUUACGUUGGGACCCCGAACGACGCAUGAAACCUGAGGACGCGAUUCGACACGAGUUCAUUACUGGGCGUAAGAUGCCCGUGCCUCGUAUGCCGCCAACUCGCGAAUCAUCACCCAUGAAGCGGCAUAACACAAUUUCAACGCCGCGGCCUCUGCCAGAGCCUCCAGGUGCUGGUGCCAAACCCCCAACGUCUCUGCGAACUGGAGCCAGCCCUCAUAAACUAGUCUCUGGUGGUGUGCGAAAGACUUCCGGGACCACGGGACCUAUCGGCUCUGUGCCAACCAAACGAACGAGCGCCGGUACGACUGGGCUUGUACAGGGAGCAAGUGGCUUGCCUCGAGCUGCUGGUAGGAGUGUGAGUGCGAAGCAGGACCUGGCCGCUGCGGGUGCAACAGCCGCAAUGAGUCGACGAACAUAG